AUGAAGAAAGCAUCUGUUAUUGGUAAUGUGGCGCAGGAUCUUGGUUUAGAUCUGAAAAGGCUUCGUUCUGGGCGAGCCCGUAUCGUGAGCGGAGCAGACAUCCAGUACACCGAGCUGAAGAUAGACAAAGGGAUUCUAGUCGUGAAUGAGAGAAUAGACAGAGAGCAGCUUUGUGGAGACAUAUCGCCUUGCAGCUUUAGUUUUGAAAUUAUUUUAGAAAAUCCAAUCGAGUUGCACAGGGUUACUGUUGAGGUUUUGGAUAUCAAUGACCAUUCUCCUGUCUUCCCAAAUGCUAAGCCCAUCCGUUUCGAAAUUAGUGAAUCUGCUGCAGUUGGAGUGCAAUUCCCUCUGCAAAGUGCAGAGGAUCAAGAUGUAGGGCAAAACGGAUUGCAAGAUUAUCUUUUGUCACAAAACGACAAUUUCAUACUGAAAAAACAAACAAACCCAGACGGAAGUAAACAGGUUGAAAUGGUGCUGCAGAAGCCUCUAGACCGCGAACAACGUGGUCAUCUGUCUUUAAAGUUGAUUGCAGUUGACGGAGGAACACCGCAGAGAUCUGAGGACACGGAGGUCAGUGGUAGUCCAAUUUCUACGUAUGUGUCUUUAAACGCUGAGACCGGAGUUCUUUCUGCGAUUCGUUCGUUUGAUUAUGAACAAAUUAAACAGCUUCACCUUGUGGUCAAAGCUCAGGAUGGAGGCUCGCCUCCACUCAGUAGUAAUGUGACUGUGAAAAUAAUGAUCCAGGACCAGAACGACAACGCCCCUCAGGUUCUGUACCCAGUCCAGACCGGUGGUUCUCUGGUGGCUGAAAUGGUGCCUCGUUCAGCAGAUGUGGGCUAUCUGGUCACUAAAGUGGUGGCUGUUGAUGUGGACUCUGGACAGAAUGCCUGGCUCUCCUAUAAACUGCAGAAAGCCACAGACAGGGCGCUGUUUGAGGUGGGUUUACAGAAUGGAGAAGUAAGAACUAUCCGCCAAGUCACUGAUAAAGAUGCAGUCAAACAAAGACUGACUGUUAUAGUGGAGGACAACGGACAGCCCUCUCGUUCAGCUACAGUCAUUGUUAACGUGGCGGUGGCGGACAGCUUUCCUGAAGUGCUGUCUGAGUUCACUGACUUUACACACGACAAGGAGUACAAUGAGAACCUGACGUUUUACUUAGUGUUGGCUUUGGCUGUAGUUUCCUUUUUAUUCAUCACGUGUGUGGUGGUCAUUAUAUCAGUGAAAAUCUACAGAUGGAGACAGUCUCGCAUCCUGUAUCACUCCAAUCUGCCAGUGAUUCCAUAUUAUCCACCACGUUACUCAGACACUUUGGGGACAGGGACUCUCCCACACGUGUACAACUACGAGGUGUGCAGGACGACUGACUCCAGAAAGAGUGACUGUAAGUUUGGCAGAGCUGGUAGUCAGAACGUGCUGAUAAUGGACCCCAGUUCAACAGGAACGAUGCAGAGGAUACAGAGUGAAAAGAGCAUCCUGGAUGAACCAGACUCUCCUCUAGAGGUGAGUAACGUAAAUUAG